AUGUCCAAUAAAGUUUGAUCAUAUGACAUUCGGAAAUAACCAACUGAGGAUUCUUUCGUGGUUACUGUGGUGCCCGGCCGUUACAUUUCACCUGUAAGUUUUGUUUCUCGAAGUUGGUUAUAUUUGUCCAAAGAGUAAUUUCUAGUUCAUAAUCCUUUUGAUUGAAGAAUAUCAAGAUGAGCGAUGCAAGAUAUUUUACCACUACUAAAAAGGGAGAGAUGUUUGAACUGAAGGCGGAUUUGAACAGCGAAAGGAAGGAAAAACGAAAAGAAGCUGUAAAGAAAGUGAUCGCCAGCAUGACAGUGGGAAAAGACGUUAGUGCUUUGUUUCCUGAUGUUAUUAAUUGUAUGCAAACGGAUAAUUUGGAAUUGAAAAAGCUUGUGUAUUUGUAUUUGAUGAAUUAUGCUAAAAGCCAGCCUGAUAUGGCUAUCAUGGCUGUCAAUACUUUCGUAAAAGAUUGUGAUGAUACAAAUCCUCUAAUUCGUGCAUUGGCUGUUCGUACUAUGGGCUGUAUUCGUGUUGAUAAAAUUACUGAGUAUUUGUGCGAACCGCUGAGAAAGUGUCUGAAAGAUGAAGAUCCGUAUGUUCGUAAAACUGCCGCUGUGUGUGUCGCAAAAUUGUAUGACAUCAACGCCACAAUGGUGGACGAUCAAGGAUUUCUUGAUGCAUUAAAAGAUCUACUUUCCGACUCGAAUCCGAUGGUCGUUGCAAAUGCUGUUGCGGCUCUGUCAGAAAUCAGCGAAACAUCUCCUCGUGCUGGCCAAAUUGAUUUCAUGACCCCACCCACGACAAAUAAGCUUCUUACUGCCCUGAAUGAGUGCACUGAAUGGGGCCAAAUUUUCAUUCUUGACGCUCUGGCAAAUUACAUGCCAACCGAUUCAAAAGAAGCGCAAGGUAUUGCGGAACGAGUGACACCUCGUUUACAACAUGCCAAUGCUGCCGUUGUGCUUUCUGCUGUCAAAGUGCUUAUGCGGCUUAUGGAUUUGUUGAAUGAAGAUAAAGAUUAUCAAUCUGUACUUCUGAAAAAACUGGCACCACCACUUGUAACCCUUCUAUCGUCAGAGCCAGAAAUUCAAUAUGUUGCUCUUCGUAACAUAAAUCUGAUUGUUCAAAAACGCCCCGAAAUUUUGAAGCACGAAAUGAAAGUAUUUUUCGUUAAAUACAACGACCCAAUUUAUGUGAAGUUGGAAAAGCUUGAUAUUAUGAUCCGAUUAGCUGCUCAGGCAAAUAUUGCUCAAGUUCUUGCGGAAUUGAAAGAAUAUGCUCAAGAAGUGGAUGUCGAUUUUGUGAGAAAAUCUGUCCGUGCGAUCGGACGUUGUGCAAUCAAAGUUGAGCAAUCUGCCGAGAGAUGUGUGAGCACGCUCCUCGACUUAAUUCGUACUAAAGUGAAUUAUGUUGUGCAAGAAGCAGUUGUUGUUAUUAAGGAUAUAUUCAGAAAAUAUCCUAAUAAAUACGAAAGCAUCAUUGCCAAUCUGUGUGAAAAUUUAGAUACUUUGGACGAACCUGAAGCGAGAGCGAGUAUGAUUUGGAUCAUUGGUGAAUACGCUGAGAGAAUUGACAAUGCUGAUGAAUUGCUUGAGUCAUUUUUAGAGGGAUUUCAUGAUGAAAGCACUCAAGUCCAACUUCAACUGCUCACUGCGAUCGUGAAGCUUUUCCUCAAAAAACCAACUGAAACUCAAGAAUUGGUGCAGGCUGUUUUGAGUCUUGCAACUCAAGAUAGUGACAACCCAGAUUUACGUGAUCGUGGUUACAUAUAUUGGCGUUUGUUGUCAACUGAUCCUGCUGCAGCAAAAGAUGUCGUGCUAGCGGAAAAACCUUUGAUUUCAGAGGAAACUGAUUUAUUGGAGCCUACUUUGCUCGACGAGCUGAUAUGUCAUAUUGCAUCUCUCGCAUCUGUGUAUCAUAAGCCUCCAAGUGCUUUUAUUGAAGGGACAAAAGGCGCGGCUGUUAUUAGGAAAACUUUGCAUGGAAAAACAGAUGCAGAAGAGAAGCCACAAACAUCAGAUACGGAGACAAGUCCUCAGGCACCAGCAACUCAAAUUAUUCCAGCUCACGAUGCUCUCGUUACUGAUCUUCUAGGUUUGGACAUCGCUCCAACUUAUCAACCACCGAUGCCUACAACUGCGCCAGUACCCAUUGUUCCUAUUAUGGACCAAUUUGGGGGCUUGGAUUCUCUACUUGGAGGUCCCGCUGCCCCACCUCCCAUGGCAGGGGCCACCUCAAACCAAUCAGAUUUAGGGGGCUUGGGUGAUAUUUUCAGCAUGUCUAUGCAACCAGGAUCGUAUGUUGCUCCGAAACAAAUGUUUUUGGAGUCCACAAAAUCAAAGGGAAUGGAAAUUCACGGAACCUUUCAGAGACGUAAAAAUCAAAUCAUGAUGGAUUUGACAUUCACAAAUAAGGCAAUGCAGGCAAUGUCAGGAUUUGCUAUACAGUUCAACAAGAACAGCUUUGGUCUUUCCCCAGCUCAACCAUUGAAUAUCCAAUUGAUCAACCCUAAUCAAAGUGCAGAGGUUUCUAUUCCUCUGUCCACGAGUGGUCUUGUACAAAAAAUGGAACCACUUAACAGCCUACAAGUAGCUGUGAAAAAUAAUAUUGGAGUGUUCUAUUUCGCUACCACGAUUCCAUUAUAUGUUCUUUUCACUGAAGAAGGCGCCAUGGAAAGAAAAGUAUUUCUCGAUACUUGGAAGGAUAUCCCUGCUUCUAAUGAGCGUCAAUUCCCUCUCAAUGAUAUUGGAAACAUCCCGGGUAUGUCCUCAGAAAGUGCCAAUAACAAGUUGAAUGCAAAUAACGUUUUCACCAUUGCAAAACGGAACGUCGAUGGCAAAGACAUGAUCUAUUUGUCACUCAAAUUGACCAACGAAAUAUGGCUUUUGGCGGAAAUGAGAUCGCAGCCUGGUGACCCUACUUACUCUCUUGCUUUCAAGACGAGAGCCCCUGAAGUCGCUCAACUCGUGUACCAAGCUUUCUCCGACAUUUUGAGAAAUUGAAAAAUCUUUGCUAACUUUUUAGUAGUCCAAGUAACGCUAUCGCUAUGCUACAUGCUCCUGAUUUAGGAUGAGUAACAUAACUGUUAUCGCCAUGGAUACAGUGUCAUAAAUUUCCAAACUUUUUUUUUUCAAAAUCAAAAUAUAUAAAAAACUAUAAAUUUUUUGAUUCUAAUUUGAAAUUUUGUUAUACAACAAUAAACAGCAAUCAGAUUAAUUCGAAAAGGCAUUUCUAUCCAUGGUGCUUGCUAUAGCUUUCUGCCAUUUCAUAAAAUUGACAAUCAUGAAUUAGUUAGUAGUUAGUGUAUGUAUCAUUCUGUAGUCAAUAUAACUACACGCAUAUUGUUGAAUCACAUAUAAAUCCGAUUGAAAUGUAAAACUGUAUUCUGAUUUUUUUUUCAUUUGUGAUGCCUAAUUUUCAACCUAUUCAGAUAGCAUGAUUCGGACCAAAUAAAUUGUUUGAAGUUUUUUCUAUAUACCGUAAAAUUACGUAACAUUUUACCAUAUGCUUUUUACUGUUUCAUGGAUUCAUUAGACAUUUAUCCGUGGUUCAUUGUCAAUUCAUGCAAGAUUUGAUAUUAUUAAGAGUUCAAUGAUUGUUUUUUUAAUGUCGGGAAUCAUAGAUAGAUCGUGCUUGGUAACAUAUUAUUUUGUUGUGCUAUGUAAGGCUGUGUGUUCUGCUUAGCAAUAGUCGAUGUUGACAAUUUUUCCCCUUUUUGCUAUAUCUAAUCUGUUACACACUAAUAAAAUAUUUCAGUAAAUUUGUUUCUUUAUUAGUAAAUUAGCAGUAGUUCCUUAAUUGGUUAAGAUAUGGAAAUGGAAAAUAUAUGAAAUUGUGUCCCAUGUUUCUAAUACAAUUUUUACCUGAUUAAAUAAUAUUUGGUAAUUGGUAUAUUGAAAUUGUUUGCGUAUGGAAUAUCUAUUUAUGUAUCAUUGAAGUGAAAAGCCGUUUGAUCCAACAUUCAUUCCAUUGUUUGAAAAUUGCCUUUCCCGUGCUUGUGUGCUUCUGUUAUAAAAUUUUGAUACUGUAUCAUCUAUCCAUAAUAUACGAUUUCUGGUUCAAAAUAUUAUAUUAUAUCAGUGUUUUGGGGCUCUAAACUUGAGUCAAGUUGGGUCGAGCCAUUUAGUCUCAAGUCCGAGUUCAGCAAAAUUCCAAAGGUCCAGUUACUUGCACUCAUGAGGUUCCAAGUCGGUGGGUCACUUGCACCCCUGAGUUUCGAGUCAAGUCGGAAAGCUGCUCUUUCGAGUCGCAAGGCAAUUCCGAGUCACAGAUUCUAUAAAUGUAUAAAAUUUGAUUGUAGAUUUUCAAUUAGUUGCAUUACAGCGACAUUCCCAAAAUUGUCUUUUUAGUCUCUGGUCAUUUCCCUCGAAUGACUUGAGUCUUUGUAAUAGCUGACUCUGUUCCGAGGUGAAUCACCAACUCGAGUCCCCAAAACACUGAUGUAUGUAUAUACAAUGUUGACUUUUUCAUUUCAUGUAAUUUACAAUAACCUAUUUUGUGCAAUUUGAAUGGUUGAACGAACAUAUCAGUUUUAUAAGGCCAAAAUUUAAAAUAUGUCACAAAAAAUGAUUAUAAAAUUGUAAAUUUGACAUUUGGAAAUUUGUAAAAAAAUUUACAUCAUAUGAUCAAAAACAUUUGAAAUUGCUAGGAUUUCAAAAAAGUGAAAAUGAAGUCAAGUUUUUCAUCCUUGAUCAAGUAGUGACCGUUGAUAAAACCUAGUAUUUUCUCUAACCAUGCUUAUUUAGGGUGUAUUUCAUGCUGGUUUCAGUCCUCUAUUUUUUCAUAGUUUUCAUUCUAGUUCCCCCCCAAUUGUAUAACUAUGUAUAUCAACCUUAAAUUGUGAUUCUCACAUUAUAAUAUUAUAAAAUGUAUUUCCUUUAUUAUAG